AUGCCGAUGCUUGCAGAGCCAUGGAAAAAGUACCAGCCGUUUAAGCCAUUACAUCUGCCGGACAGGACAUGGCCUAACAAGACUAUUGACAAGCCACCGCGCUGGCUGUCGACCGAUCUGCGAGAUGGCAACCAGAGUCUAGUCGACCCCAUGGACGGAGCGCAAAAAUGGGACUACUUCCAGAUGCUCGUCAAGCUUGGCUACAAGGAAAUCGAGGUCUCGUUUCCUUCGGCGUCGCAAACUGACUUUGACUUUACACAACGCCUCAUCCAGACACCCGGCAUAGUCCCCGACGAUGUCUCCAUACAAGUCCUUUCGCCCUGCCGUAAAGAGCUCAUCCGCCGAACCGUCGACUCCCUCAAGGGCGCUCGCAACGCCAUCCUCCACCUGUACCUUGCCACGAGCCCGUGCUUCCAGCAGAUUGUCUUCGACAUGAACAACGAGGAGACGAUUGCUCUUGCCGUCGAGUGCACAAAGUACGCGCGAUCAAUUACAAAGGAUGAUCCGGAGCAGGCUGGCACCCACUGGUCGUACGAGUUUUCCCCAGAGACAUUUUCAGACUCUUCGCCAGAGUUUGUCAUUGAAGUCUGUGAGGCCGUCAAGGCUGCAUGGGAACCGUCAGUCGAGAACCCAAUUAUUUUCAACCUGCCAGCUACGGUUGAAAUGUCUACGCCCAACGUGUACGCCGACCAGAUUGAGUACUUUUGCAAGAACAUUAGCGAAAGGGAGAAGAUUUGCGUGUCGCUGCACCCACACAACGACCGUGGCUGCGCCGUUGCAGCUGCAGAACUGGCCCAGAUGGCUGGUGCAGACCGUGUAGAGGGCACGCUGUUUGGCAAUGGAGAGCGUACUGGAAAUGUUGACCUCGUCACCCUGGGCCUGAACCUGUAUACCCAGGGAAUCCACCCCAAGAUUGACUUUUCGGAUCUCAAGUCAGUCAUCGACAUGGUCGAGAGCUGCAACAAGAUCCCAGUCCAUCCUCGUGCGCCGUAUGGUGGCCAGCUUGUCGUGUGCGCCUUCAGUGGCUCACAUCAGGAUGCUAUCAAGAAGGGAUUCCAGAUGCGCAAGAAGAACGGCGCGACAAACGAGAGCCGAUGGCAAAUCCCAUAUCUGCCUCUGGACCCACAGGAUAUCGGUCGUACAUACGAAGCCAUCAUCCGCGUCAACUCGCAAAGUGGAAAGGGAGGCAUUGCCUGGAUUAUCCAGCGCCAGCUCGAACUCGACCUCCCGCGUGGUCUGCAAAUUGCCUUUUCCAAGAUUGUGCAAAAGGAGACAGAUAUGCUCGGCCGCGAGCUUCUGCCCAGUGAGAUUACGGCUCUUUUCGAAGAGGCGUACCAUCUCAAGCGCAACCCCCGUUUCUCUCUUGUCGACUAUGAGAUCAAGGCUGAUCGCUCGGCGACUCCUCAACCGCCGCAAGAGGGUAGGACGGUCAGCACCCAGAACCUCCGCCGUAUCUUUACCGGUGUCAUCGAGAUUGAUGGUCAGGAACACAGCAUUCGCGGAUCGGGAAACGGUGCUCUGUCGUCGCUGGCUGAUGCGCUGAGGAGUCUGGGUAUCGAUCUGGAUGUUGUUGAUUACAAUGAGCAUACUAUCGGUACAAGCAAGGAUGCUAAAGCAGCGACGUACAUUGGAUGUACUGCUGCUCAGAGCAGCCACAAGGUUUGGGGUGUGGGAAUCCACCAGGAUGUGGUUCAAGCGUCUCUGAUUGCCAUGUUGAGCGCUGCUUCUUCGUUCCUGUCAUCGAGACCAACAACGCCCAUUCCCUUCCGCCCUAAGCGAUCGAAUACUCUGGAAAUUCCUACCCCAGGAUCGAGUCCAACACGUGAUUCAAAGAAAGAGAAUGGCACUUCUGUCGUGGAUAAGCUCGAGGCUGCGGUAAAUGGUGAGCAGGCUGAUGUUCUGAGCGCAGGCGUGUAA